AUGGGAAAUAUAAAUUCUAUUCAAACAAAAAAUUACAUAAAAUUUGAAAAAUAUUAUUAUGCUGGGGAUUUGAAUGUAGAUAAUUUGCCACAUGGUAGGGGAUUAAUGUUAUAUGAAAAUGGAAAUUCAUUUUUUGGGCAUUUUAUAAAUGGUAAAAAACAUGGUAAAGGAAUAUAUAUCGAUAAAAAUUUAACAAAAUACAUUUCAAAAUGGAAAUAUGAUCAUAUUUCAAAUAAAGUUAAAGUUAAACAAUUUGACAGUGAUAUUGUUUAUUUAUUUUAUUAUAAAAAUGGUUUAAUUGAUCAUUGCAAGGUUUAUGAGUAUAUAUCAAAUAAGAAAAAAAAAAAAAAAAAAAAAAACGAUGGAAUACUAGAAGACAGUGAAAUACAAAAUCGAUCGAUAAAUUUUGAAAAAGACAAUAUUAUGAUAAUUCAAAAUUGCCAAGAAAAAUCAAUUGUUAAUAAAAAAGAAGAAAUUAUUGAUAUACCUAAUAAUAAGUACAAUGAAAAUGAUGAUACUGAUAAAGUAGAUAAUUUUUCAAAGAAAAUAAACCUAGAGCAAUCUCAAAACAAUAUGUUAAAAUAUAAAAAAAAAAAAACAUUUGAUGAAAUGAACUCUUUAAAUGAUUCCAUAUUUUGCUCAUCAUGUGAAUCUACUUCUAAAUCAAUUGGAUCAGAUUAUAUUUCACAUUUUGAAAAAAAAGAAAAACAAAUAAAUAAACAAGAAGACGAACUUAAAAAAUCGAAGGAAAAUUAUAUGAACCAUAGUGAAUACAGUAAUUCAUCAACUAACUUUGAAAAUAACAAAAUAAAAGACAUAUCUGACGAAAGUAUUAUGCUAAGGCUAAAAAAUAUAAUAAACAAUAAUACAGAUUUAAAAAUUGAAAAUUAUGAGCUGUGGAAUAAAGAACAAGUAGCACAGUGGCUUAGUUUGUGUAAUGUUCCUAUGAAAUGGGCUUUAAGCGUUUAUAAAAAUAAUAUUAAUGGCCAAAGAUUAAAUAACUUAAACUUAUAUUUUAUAAGAAAUAAACUUGGAAUAUUAUCAUAUGGGCAAGCUAUCAAAUUUUUACAACUUAUAAAAAACCUGCGCGUUACGGCUUACAACACAAGGUUUUCUAAUACGUUGAACUUAGAAGAAUAUGAAAUUUACCUAAAAAAAAAAAUGAAAAAAAAAAAAAUGAGAGAAAACAAAGACGGUGAAUACACAGCGACAACAAGUAGCCAAGCAGAAGACUUUCAGAAAAAUAAUCAAAAAAUAAUAAUGAAUCAAAUUAAAUCAAUGAUAGACCAAAAAAAUGAUGACGAUAAAUCGUUUUCAGAUAAAAUAAAAAAUGGAUUUUUCAAAGGAAAUACAAAUAUCAGAAAUCUACAAAAUUUAGUAAUAAAUUCAAUAUGGAAUAAAAGUAAAGAUGAAUUUAAAAUUCCUAUUGAUGAAAAUAAUGUUCCUAUGAAUAUCGAAAAAGGAAAGGAAUUAAAUACUAAUGACCAAAUUACAGGAAAAAAAAAAAAAAAAUUAAAAAAUAAAUAUAUUAAUCAUAUUCAAAAAAAUAUAUCUAUGUUAAAAAAAUUAAAUAACGCAUCUAAUGAAUCACAAUCAAGUAAUGAAUCCGUCACACAAAUAUUAUCUACCUCUUCAGAAUCAUCCUUUGCAAAUAUACAUUCUGGUUUAUCCUCGAAAAUGCUAUUUCACGACAAAUUGGAGCCCGAACCUAUUAAGCCAAAUAAAGAAAAGGAGGAAAACAACCCGAAUCUUUCUCCUAUUAUAAAUUCUAAAAAUGAAACUAACUUAUUAAACGAUUCAAACCCAACAAAAUUACAAGAUGAACUACCAAAAUCACCCUGUUCGAUAGACUCAGAAAGUUCAUCAGAAAAAUCGUCAGAAACAUCGUCAGAAACAUCUUCGUUUUGCUCCGAACAUAGCGAGUUUGCCAACUUUCACAAUAAUAACAAAAUAGUAAAAUAUAGCAAUAAUAUAUACAUCAAUAGCAGUUUGGCAUUUUCAUAUAUAUAUAGCUUUAUAAUACCUCCAGAAAAUUUAACAUUUUUGUAUCAAAUAAGAAAUUAUUAUGUUAGAGAUGUAGAAAAUGAUUUGAAUCCAAACAAUGAAUUAGAUUUUUGUGAUAGUUUUAACUUUUACAAAAAUUGUGAAAUUAUUAAAAAUAGAAUAAUAAACCCUGGUAUUAGAAAUUGCUCAUAUGCAUCAAAUCAUUCUAAAUUCCAACAAAAUAAAAAUAGAAAAUAUUUUAAUUAUAGUGAUUGUAAAAAUGAAAGAAAAAAGACAAAACCCCAAAAAAUGAAAAGUAGAGUAUUUAGAGGUAGAUAUAUGGGUAAAGAUGUCGCUAUAAAAGUUUUAGUUGGAAAUAUAAAAAAUUUUACAAAAUUUCAUAAAGUUUUAUAUAAGUUAUAUAUUUUAAGGCAUACUAAUAUAGCAUUAAUAAUGGGUGUUUCAAUUAGCUAUCCUUUUGUUUUUAUAAUAUAUGAAUAUAUAAAAAAUUUAUGUCUAUUUUCUUAUUUGCAUUGUGUAAAAUAUAAACAUAUUUAUGUAAGCAAACUUUUAAAAUAUUAUCAAAAAAAAUUCAUAAAUCAAAAUUUUCAACAACAAAAUAAUACAAUGUCUAGUGAUAGAAAAUAUAUUUCAAAUGAUGAUAAUGAAAAAAUUAAUUUUGAUUCGAGGAAUAUUUUAAGAAACAAACUUUUAGAAAUAAAAUGCAAAAAUAAUGCAAAAAAUAAAAUAACCGAAAAAAAUAAUUUAAAAGAUGAACAGAUUUAUUCUUCAUCAACGUCAAUCAAAUCUUUAGACACUAGUUCAUCUAAUAUGAAUAAUACAAAACUAAAAAAUAUAAAUUUUAACAAGAACCGAUAUAUAAAUAAAAUACAUUCCAUGUUCAGAAAUAAAAAUAAUAUAUUGUGUGGUAAUUAUUAUUAUUUAUUUAGAAAAAAGAAAAACAAUAUAUCUAUAUCACACGAACAUAAAAACAGUGAUCGAACAAUCUUCACAAAUGAGUCACAAAAUUUAUUAAAAAAUAAAAUAUCCCAAAAAAAAAUAAAUAAAAAAUUAAACUUUAAAGCUAAAAUCAAAAUAAAUCGUCCAUAUGCCUUUCCACCACUUCAAGAAGAUUUUAAUUUUUAUUUAGAAAAAAAAAAAAAAAAAAAAAAAAUUUUAUUUAGUUAUCUAAAAACACAUUCCUAUUUUAAAUCGAAAAAAUGUGACAGCAGAAAAAACAAAUUGUCUGAUCAUCAAAUAAUGAAAAUCAUCAUGGACAUUACCCUAGCUUGCUCUUAUUUGGAAAAACAAAAGGUACGAUGGAUAAACCUCAAACCGACUAAUAUUUUACUUGACGGAUCUCUAAAUGCAAAAAUAUCGGAUUUUGGAAUUAAAGAAAUAGAACAAUGUCUCGACAUAAAUAUUGAUUAUUCUUAUAUAGUUUUUCCAAAUAAUGUAAUCAAAUUUAAUAAUAAGCACUUCAAAAAUAAAAUCAAAAAAAUAAAAAUUGUGAAUAAGGGUUCAGAGGAUAUGCUCCAUGUAUUUAGUUCCAAAAAUCAUAUUUAUAAAUAUAAUACACGAGAAAUUAAUGUAUCUUCAAAUACCCAUAAUUCCUCUGUUUUUUUUUGGACAUCCCCUGAAAUAUUAAAGGGGAAACAAAGUCCAAGUUUAUAUUCAGACGUAUAUGCUUAUGGUAUUAUACUAUGGGAACUUAUGACAAAUAGUGUUCCUUUUAAUUAUCGUUUUAAAUCUCAUCUUUUGGCUUCAGUUGGAUAUGCCAAAGAAUCAUUACCCUUUCAAAAUAUUCCACCUUUUAUUAAAAAUUUAAUAAAGAGUUGUAUUAAUAGGAACAAAUAUAAAAGACCUACAUUUGAUAGAAUUUUAAUUGAAAUUUCAAUGAUAUACGAACAGAUUAACCCUAAGGAAGAGGACGCUUUAAUGUCUUUUAUGGAUGGAUAG